GGGUGAUUUCCGGAGGUGGUAGAAGACGAGGGAGCCAUGAACGGGGGCAGCAGCAACAAGCAGACGCUGAUAUACAGCUUCGUGGCCAAGGGCUCCGUGGUGCUGGCCGAGCACACGGCCUUCUCCGGCAACUUCAGCACCAUCGCCGUGCAGUGCCUCCAGAAGCUGCCCCCCAACAGCACCAGGUCCACCUACUCCUGCGAUGGCCACACCUUCAACUUCCUCGUCGACCGCGGUUUCGUGUUUCUCGUGGUGGCGGAGGAGGCGGUGGGAAGGAGUGUGCCGUUUGUGUUCCUGGAGAGGAUCAAGGAAGACUUCAUGCAGCGCUAUGGGUCCAGCAUCGACGAGGAGCACCCGCUUGCUGAUGACGCGGACGAGGACGACUUCCUGUUUGAGGACAGGUUCAGCAUUGCCUACAAUCUUGACCGGGAAUUCGGGCCAAGGCUCAAGGACCAUAUGCAGUAUUGUAUUAAUCAUCCAGAGGAAAUAAGCAAGAUCUCCAAGGUGAAAGCGCAUCUUUCAGAUGUUAAAGGAAUCAUGAUGGAUAACAUUGAGAAGAUAUUGGAUCGUGGCGAGAAGAUUGAACUUUUAGUUGGCAAGACAGAAACCUUACAGUCCCAGGCCGACAACUUCCAUAGGCAUGGCAGAGAGCUGAGGCGCAAGAUGUGGCUUCAGAACCUGAGGUUUAAGCUGAUGGUGGGUGGUGCCGUCGCUUUUUUGAUCCUCAUCCUUUGGCUGAUGGUUUGCAGGGGCUUCAAGUGCUAGAGUUCAGAGUUCUCGUAUGUU